AUUUCUUGUUUGUUUUCUUCAAGGAUGGAUUUGAUAGUGCGCAGCCAUUUGUUGUGUCGCGUUUUGGCUCGACGCGCGUCGGCCAUGAUGGAGAACUGGGUUCAAUGGGGCGGCUUCAACCCGACACCUUCUGUUUGUGUUCAGAUUUUGGGCGGAGGAUCAGCAGAAAUCUCUCCAGGAAAGGAUGACGGAUUUUUGUGGGCAGUUCCGACGAAACGAAGGUGUGUUGAGAGAAGAACCAUACGACGUUUUGGCGCGGAAAAUUGGACGAAUGGUCGGAAACUCCUGCAAGUCAAAAGGACGCUGUUGGUGUGCAAAGACUGUGGACACGAUUACGAGGCUGGGAAAUUGUGCAGAAACUGCUUGGAUACUGUGAUGGAAGAAACGAAGGCCAUGCAAGCAGCCAUGGAGAAAACCUGGGGCAAGAGUGCAAUUGAUCAAGAUGUUGAGUUCGUUUAUCAAAAUGAACAAGCGGAACGUGUUACAAAUACGGGGAAGCGGUUGAUUGAAAUGGAUCGACCUCGUCCAUCUUGGUUCAACAAAAAUCUUGUUGAACGUUCAGCAAAACCGGAGAGAAGCGAAAGUAAAACUCUCCGACCAUCUCACGAACUAAUUGGUUGAUGUUGAAUGUUUUGCAGUUUGUGCAUUAAAGUUGAUCGUUGAAACGUG